AUGCAACUCACAUGUCUGAAUAAGCUUACCAAAGAGAAUAUCUUCUUCCAAGAGCCUGUUGUCAACAAAUAUGGUAAUAAAACUAUCCAGAUUUUGACAAAUUAUGGGGAGUCUCGUCAUCUAACCACACCAUUGGUGAUUGAAUCUCCUCUACUCUUCUCUUUCGGUGUGAAAAAGAGUGUAGAUGAAGAUGAAGAUCUCAUCGGUUAUUCAAUGCCAACCUGUCUCUGGAGUGAUUACAAACAACCAUCACAAAAACAACUUGACUUUUAUUCUGGGUUGAAAAAGAUUGAAAUGAUAUGUCAUGAACAUCUUGAUAAGGUGUUUGGACCUGAAAUUUCAGAGAUGAUAAAACUCCCUUUGGUUGAGAAAGAUGAAAAAGCGCCCAUUCUUUAUUCAAAGCUCAUUUUCUCCAAGAAGAAGACACAGAAGAUAUACACAAUUUUUCACUCAAAAGAGAAUAAUAAAGAGAAUCCACUUGAUUAUAUUGAUCAAUAUUGCAAAGUGAAGAUGUCGUUGAUAAUCGAUUCGAUUCAUAUUGGUGAUAAAACUGUAACAGUACAGAUCAAGGUGAAUGACAUCUUUAUAAAACCACUUGUAGAGAGACAAGUUUUGGUCACCCUUUCUCCAUCUGAUGAUGAAGAUGAAGAUUGAAUAGAUUUUUCAUAUUUCAAAACGAAAGAUGAAAAAAACACUUUUGUUCACAACAUUUAUUGGUUUCAUCUUAUUGAUUGUUCUUCUGUAAAAUGUUUACUACAUUUUCCUCUUCCGUUCGAAAGAGGAAAGUAUCAAUUUAUGACUCAAACUUGAAACGUUUUUUAUACUUAUCAACUACUUUAGUUGAUUGAAAGAUUGGACAUAGAUCUGUGAUUGUAUCAUCGAUGUGUCUCACAUCAUUGAGAAAGGUUGCACUGUCAAACGGUGUUCCUCUCAGAUAGGAUAUCAGUUCGGUUAA